AGUUACUAACAACAACAUCUACACAAUGGAGAAGAUCAACAGCAAUGAUCAAGAAGAUUCAAAACCUGUGGUUCUCAUCACAGGUUGCAGCGGAGGAGGAAUAGGUAACGCGCUUGCACGCUCCUUCGCAGCCAACAGCUGCAAUGUGGUUGCAACCAGCAGGUCACGUUCUACCAUGGCGGAUUUGGAUCAAGACCCUAAAUUCUUCCUUCAAGAACUCGAUGUUCAGUCCGAUGAAAGCGUGAACAGAGUUGUGAAUACUGUUUUGGAUAAAUUUGGUCGCAUCGAUGUUCUUGUUAAUAACGCUGGUGUUCCUUGUACAGGCCCACUUGCUGAGGUUCCUCUCUCUGCGAUACAAAACACGUUUAAUACUAACGUCUUUGGUUCCAUGAGAAUGGUCCAGGCUGUGGUUCCUCACAUGGCAACUAGGAAACAGGGAAAGAUUGUUAACGUUGGAAGUGUUACUGCGUUAGCCUCUGGACCUUGGGGCGGUACUUAUAGUGCUUCUAAAGCUGCUCUUCAUGCUUUGACAGAUACAUUGAGAUUAGAACUUGGACAUUUUGGAAUUGAUGUUGUGAAUGUUGUCCCUGGAGCUGUGAAGUCAAAUAUGGGAAAUUCCGGCAUAGCCAUCUACGACCGCAUGCCAGAGUGGAAAUUGUUCAAACCAUUUGAAGCAGUAAUCCGAGAGAGAGCUCUACUGUCUCGGAAGUUAAGACAAACCCCUACAGACGAGUUUGCUAAACACACCAUAGCUGCUAUCCUAAGGAAGAAACCACCUGCAUGGUUCUCUUAUGGCAAUUAUUCUACUGUCAUGGCUAUUAUGUACUAUUUACCUCUCUGUGUUAGAGACUUUCUUUUGAAGAAAGCAAUGAAAUAAUGAUCUACACUCGUGCUGUCCAUCUUUAUGGUGAUCACAAUCAAUAAAUUGUACUCCACUUUUGAAUGUCUGGCUAAAUUUAUCAUUCUUUGUACAUAUAUGUGUGAUAAUGGGUCAAAUUCAAUGUAAGCAAAUAAUUUGACCUCGAAAGUCCUGUUCCUGCUUUCAAAGUAAUAACACAUUUUAAAUCUAGGAAGCUUGUCAAAAAGAGGUGUGUCGAAUGAGUAACAUAACGAGUCGUAUAACAUGGAGAAAAACAAAGGAUAUGACAUGUCACGUGUGUAGAGUAACGCUCAAGUUCGCACGAAACACUUGUCUAUAAACACCACUUGUAAAUUUC